CUUCCCGUCCCUCGCCGGCGCCAUGGCCGGGGGCGCCGGGCCUGCCGCUCCCUGACACCCGCCCGCCCGCGGAGGCUGCUGCGUGCGGGACUCUCCGGGCAGCGGAAGGCAAGGGAAGAGGUGCCCGUGCCCCGAGCGGAGCUGCCCGCUUCUCACGGAGCCUCGUAAGGAGGGGCUGCAGCGGCAGCGUUUCGUCAGCCCGGCAGUGUUUUGGCUUUGAUUCCGUCUUGCUCCUACCUGCUCCUGGAGAAGAGGUCCCCGCCAUGUCUCGCUACAGCCUCCACAACCUCCUGGACUGGAUGUACGGCGGGGUGGACCCCAGCUUUGCCGGCAAUGGAGGGCCGGAAUGCGCCGCCUUUCUCUCCGGCCAGCAGCGCCUGCUGGAGAGUUUGGUGUUCCUCAGUGUGGGCACCGUGGAGAUCCUCGUGUCCCUGUGGAAGCUGAGGCAGCAGCACGUCCAGGAGCUGGAGAAUCUGCUGCAGCAGCCCCAGACUAAGCGGGAGAGCCUGGGCAAGAACGUGCUGCUGGUGCUGCUCUGCCUCAUCUUUGGGCUGGAGGUGGGGUUCAAGUUCGCCACCAGGACUGUCAUUUACCUCCUGAAUCCCUGCCACGUGGUCACCAUGAUGCAGAUUUUUCUUCUUGCCUGUCCCCCAUGUCGGACUGCAAUGAUUCUCUUCAGGUUGCAGAUGCAUAUGCUGAAUGGGGCCCUCUUAGCAUUGCUGUUUCCUGUGGUUAAUACACGCCUGCUUCCAUUUGAAACAGAGAUUUAUUACAUCCAGCAUGUGAUGCUCUAUGUUGUGCCCAUCUAUCUGCUGCACAAAGGAGGUAUCUACACCCCUGAACCGCUCUGCAAUUUCUGGUGGGCUCUUUUAUCCACGGGGUUCAUGUUUGUGUAUCAUUUUAGCAUCCUGCAGAUCCUGGGACUGGUAACAGAGGUGAAUUUGAACAACAUGCUGUGCCCAGCCAUCUCAGAUCCUUUUUAUGGGCCCUGGUACCGAAUCUGGGCAUCUGGACAUCAGACUGUCAUGACCAUGACUCAUGGGAAGCUCAUAAUCCUGCUGUUUCACAGUGCUGUCCCCACCCUCAAAUGGAGCAUGGACUUGCUUGGACUCCCAGCUAAGAAAAUAGACUGAAAUGUCUCCCCACAGAGCAGUUCAUACAGGAAGCAGAGAUAUACUGGAAAACAAGGAGGGGGGGAUGAGAGGACAAUGUCUUUCUACUUCUUCCCCCAGUUUUUUGCCUCAAAAACACCUCUGUAAUGAAGUGAGGUUUUUUUACCUGCUAUUUCUCACUGCCUAUUGCCAAUGGCAAAAUUAGUGGCCUUAUUUUGGGGAAGGUUCAUGUUUUAUACAUUUUGUAUAGAUUACAGUAGAAUCUUGCUAAGCCACCAUUUAAAAUUAGGCCAGGACCUGUCCACAUUCCAGCAGAGAGAGUGGCAGUGCUACCUCAUUUUGACUCAUUUUCCAUUAAAGAAUUGUACACUUCUAGGGCAGGAAAUAAUGCUGAAUUGUAGCACUCCACUGGUGUGAACCAACAAGCUGGACUGCAUCUCCUGGCUUAACUCUUAAAGCUUGAAUGUUCCAAAAUGGUCACAGGAAAUCAUGCACACAAUCUUCCAAUCAGAAGUGCAAAACAGUGAGCUUCUACUGUAUUUUCUUAAAGCUGGUUGAAAAUGUUGGGGAACAAUAACUCAUUAAAAAUACUAAUCAACUACUUAAUUUCUAAGCUGCAGUGGGUAAGUACCUAUCUAGUGAAGUCUCAUCAUGAUGCUUUGGAGAUGCUUUUAUUUUGGCAAGGGGAAAAAAAAAUGUUGAAAUAAUUUCAAAAGACCAUGUUAUGUAUAGGCCAUGAUAAGAUAUUGCAUCCACUGUUCUGUCCUGACUUAGAACAAAAUGGGUUUUUUUCACUUACCUUAUACUGGAGAAGGAGUGGAGAUACCAAGUCCAAUGUAAACAUCAGGGUUUUUUUUUAUAUUUAGUAGCUUUUGAAACAUUCCUGCUUUGUCUGUGCUGAUCUUCACUG